AUGACGUGGCUCACCCAAACUAAAGCAGCUGAUACUGAGCUGCAGACUGCUAUUCUUGCAAAUGGGCUUGUGAAUCUACGGGGUGCGGAGGACGGUUGGUUCGAAAUUGACCGACUGAAUGAGUUCUUUAAUCUUCAUAUGAAGACACCCAUGGCGACUCGACGGACCUCAACUAUUGACAUUACUGCCAUGUUUCGUCGAACCGCUCUCACGGCGAGCUAUUGUACUAACCUGAAGGAGCAUCGGGAGACUACAUUCGGAGAAUAA